UGAUAAUAUGAAUUCGGUGUUGUAUAGUAGUGUGAAUUCAUAUUGUUAAAUACAGUAAUACUGUAUAACCUGAAAUACAAUUUCUACAACCACAAAUUUACAUCAAAUAAAAUAAAUUUCAUAUUAUUUCUCCAAAAAAUACUAAUUUUAGAAGCGGCUCAAGACACACACACCUCUAUCUCUCUCUCACACACACAGAGAUAGCAAGAUUAGCGAUUCUGAAAAUUCCGGCUAACAAACGAUGCCGCUGUGCGACGUCGGACAAUACCAGAGUGGCGACGAUGCAAUUAUCAACCGUGGUAUAAAGAUCUUUUACAGAACCUACGGCGGUGGCCCCGUCAAAGUUCUAAUGAUCAUAGGAUUAGCUGCGACCCAUAAUUCCUGGAACCCGCAAAUCCAGGGCCUCGUCGGAAGCGUAAAACCCAACGACGAAGACGAUGAUCGGAGUUCCAAUGAGACAGGUGCAGGUAUUGAGGUGUGUGCCAUUGACAAUCGGGGAGUAGGUCGUAGCUCUAUACCAACUAAAAGAUCAGAAUAUACAACAAGUAUAAUGGCUAAAGAUGCGAUAGCAGUAAUGGACCAUUUGGGUUGGAAGAAAGCUCAUGUAUUUGGCCACUCAAUGGGUGGUAUGAUUGCUUCAAAACUGGCUGCUCUAUUUCCAGAUAGAAUUCAGUCUUUGGCCUUACUUAAUGUAACUGGUGGAGGCUAUCAAUGUCUUCCCAAGCUUGAUCGCCAAACAUUUUCCAUUGCUAUUCGUUUUUUGAUGGCAAAAACUCCAGCACAGAGAGCAGCGGUGGAUCUCGACACUCACUAUACACAGGAAUAUCUUGGAGAAUAUGUUGGACGUGAAACAAGAAGAGCAGUACUAUAUCAAGAAUAUGUUAAAGCAAUUUCAGCGAGUGGGAUGCAAUCCAAUCAUGGAUUUGAUGGUCAGAUUAAUGCUUGUUGGACACACAAAUUAUCACAAACAGAUCUAGAAAUCAUCCGAAAACAAGGUUUUUUAAUAUCAGUCAUUCAUGGCAGAUCUGAUGUUAUUGCUCAAGUAUCUCAUGCAAAAAGACUCGCACAAAAACUAUAUCCACUUGCAAAGAUGGUUGAACUUCAUGGAGGUCAUCUUGUGAGUCAUGAGAGGACCAAAGAGGUGAAUGAAGCUUUACUUGAAUUGAUAAGGGCAUCAGAGAGCAAUAUAAGUCCACAUGAUUGGACAAAUUUGUCUGGGAAGAGCACUAGUAUCUGGUCAAUGAGCUGGAUUUCCUCUAGUGGAUCUAAGUCAGAAGGAGGAAUCACUGAUGGAACUCUUAGAAGCAUCAUGCUAUACAUAUUUAGCAUCUUUGUUUUAUUAUUCGAGUACAUAAGAAAAGUUCCUAGACGCAUAAGGCCAGUCAGGGUAGGCACUGCUCUCACAUGAUGAUGAUGAUGAUGAUGAUGAUGAUGAUGAUGUUAUGUGGUAAUUUACUAAACAUAUUGAUGUAAGGCUCAACAAAGUGCAGAAAAGAUGAAUGAUAUAACUUUAUAAGUUAUAACAAAUAGAAACAUAUACAAGAGGGAGUUUUGAGUUGCAAUGGGAUUCAACCCAAAAGCAUAUAAUUUUCGAGUAUUUUAUAUAUAACCAAACUGCAAUCCAGCUAGAGGGAGUCCUAUGGAUGCUAUCACUCUUGCUUUUUCCUGAUUAUACUUAAUGUUGUAAAUUACUCUUGCUCAUAUUUUGAGUCAAAUCACCAAAUUCUUAUACAAUCCAUAAAAACAAAACUGGAUGAUGUUUAAUUAAAGCAUGUUUUUACUCCUAA